AUGGAAAACAUCGAUAUUGCCAUUAUCGGCACUGGCCCCGCAGGCCUUGUGGCGCUCAAGAACUUGAGAGAGCAAGGCUUCAAUGCAGUCGCUUUUGAACGUCGCGAGUCUGUCGGAGCACUAGAUGACACAACUGUCAAUGUCAGCAAGUUUGUGUUUCAGAUUACCCGCCAUUUCCGUCUCGUAGACAAAUGCAACAAUACUUUGAAGCUUACGCGACACAUUUCGAUCUUCACAAGCACAUCGGAUUUGGAGUCACAGUACACCGGGUUCUGCGAAACUCUUCAGAUUCUAAAUGGAACGUUCAUUGUUCAUAUACUGAUGGCCAGUCUCUACAAGAAAAAUGACUUGGAUGCUAAGAGAGUCAUGGUUGUCGGUAUUGGAAACACAGGUUGCGACAUUGCCAUGAGCCUUUGCAAACACGUAUCCAAAACCUAUUUGGCUUAUCGUCGCGGACGAUUCGUAGUAUCUCGCUACGAGAACAGCGGUGUGCCGACUGAUAGCCAGAUCCCUUGGCCAGUACUCCGUCUCAAGUACCUUAUGGACUAUUAUUUACCCACUUUAUCAAAAUGGGCGACUGACAAGUUCAUGACCAACAAGAUGAUCAACGAUUCUGCCAAGCACGAGCCGGAUGAUGGCAAAAUCUCCGAAAGGCAGAGACUUGGGAUUGCCGAGAAAAGGAUUCGGGGAGAAUGGCGUCUGGUUCCUUGUCCAAGUAUGGCGCACAGAAACCCUGCUGCCCAAGAAGACAUAUUCCCAGCGUUUCACAACAAAGACAUAAUUCCUAUGCAAGGAUUUGUGGACUUUGCUGGGGAAGAUACUGUUUUGCUAGCAGACGGUACCACAGUUGAAGUCGACGUGGUGAUUUUUGCUACAGGCUAUCGACAUGAUUUCUCCAUCAUGCCGGAGCUCGAGAUGAAUGGAGCAGCUGGAAUGGGAUUGCAGAUAGCCAAAACGACAGAAAAGGAGCAAACUCCGGAAGAUAAAGAGCAAGAACCAAGUCUUCCUCGACUCUAUCAGAUGGUAUUCCCGCCCAAGAGAGCUACUUCAAUAGCGUUUCUGAGCUGGUUGGCUCCACAAGAGGCAGUCUGGUGCGUCUCCGAACUUGCUUCAAUGGCGGUUGCUCAAGCAUGGGUAGCAGAUUUUGCUCUCAAACAGAACCAUAAUUUGCCAACUCCAUACCAGCCAUCUUCAAUCUUACCAACGGAGAAGGAGAUGGAGGCCGAUGUUGAUUUAUAUCACACGUGGUGGCGCAAAGAGUGGAAAACCGACCAUUCCAUGAUGGAAGGCUACUCGUGGCGGCUGUUCGAUACGAACCCUGAUGACAUUCCUGGGUGUGGAAGGAAGGCUUGGGCAGGUGCCAGAACAGCAGUUCAAGAAACCAUUUGCAAACGGAUCAUUGCUUUCAAAGAGACGUGCCUGGAUGCCGACAGCAAGUCCUACGUCCUCGCCACGAGCGGCAGUAUCAAUAACAAUCCUGAGCACAGCAACGAGAACAUGACUCACGGGUUCAUUAUUGAGUUCCGCAACGACGCACACCGCGUGUAUUUCCUCAAUGUAGAUGUAGCUUACAAGGAAGUCUUUGAGCAUAUUGACCCAAACUACGAUGACUUCCUCGCUCUGGGCUUAACGGAUGGUGUGUACGGCCCAUCGCUCAUGCAAUAG